GCACCGCACCGCCUAGCGCUGGGUCGGUCGGCGAGCGCGACCGGGGGAAGCGGAGCGCAGGCGUGCGGCAGGACGGGUGCUCGGCGGAGAGCGGAGCGACGCCGCGGCGAGGAGGGAGGCGGCACCGCCGCCGCUGAGGGAAUACUGCUCGCUGUGGCAUUGCCGUGGUUACCUGCUUUUGGAGAGCGGCAGCAUCGCGCUCAGAGAUAACCGCGGUGUUACAGGAAGAGCAUGCGUGCAGUGUUCAGUGACAGAAUAUUUAAGGUACGUGCACGUCUAUGGCAAGUUCAUCAGAUGGUGUGACUGGCUACAAGCAUCAGCUGAAAUUGAGUAUGGAGACUGGGAAGUUCCUGCAAACUGAGAAAAGGAACUAUUUGGAAGAGUUCUGCUAGACAUAGAAGAAGUGGAACACAUUCUUCUGCAACAGCCAUUGACUCAGACUAAGUACUCAAAAAUCAUCAGCAGAGAAACAAUAGACCCUGGUGCUUUUUGAUUCUCUGGUGGAUUUUAUUACUUAGACAUUGCUGUUGAUAUUUUUAUUAUCCCAUUUGGUACAUCUUGAAUCUAUCUGUAAAUUAAACUAUAACUGGACAAUUGCAUUUUGAUACUGUUUAAUAACACUUUGAAUGUUAAGUCAUUUGCCAAGAUGAGUGCUGAAGGAUAUCAAUACAGAGCUUUGUAUGACUACAAAAAAGAACGAGAAGAAGACAUUGACUUGCACUUAGGAGAUAUAUUAACUGUGAAUAAAGGUACCUUACUAGCACUUGGAUUCAGCGAAGGGGAAGAAGCAAAGCCUGAGGAAAUUGGUUGGUUAAACGGCUUUAAUGAAACCACAGGGGAGAGGGGGGAUUUUCCAGGAACUUAUGUAGAAUACAUUGGAAGAAAAAAAAUAUCCCCCCCAACCCCAAAGCCUCGUCCUCCUCGACCCCUUCCGGUGGCACCAAGUCCUGCAAAAGCUGAAGCAGAGAGUGAGCAACAAGCUUUUUCACUUCCGGAUCUUACGGAGCAGUUUUCACCUCCUGAUGUUGCUCCACCAAUCCUCAUCAAGAUAAUAGAGACAAUUGAAAAGAAAGGUCUGGAGUGCUCAACUUUGUAUGUAACACAAAGCUCUAGCAGCUCAGCAGAAUUAAGACAAAUUCUUGAGUGUGAUGCCUCUUCAUUGGAUUUAGAAACUUGUGAUGUGCACACUUUAUCAGAUGCUCUCAAGAGGUAUCUCCUAGAUCUGCCAAAUCCCAUCAUUCCAGCAACUGUCUACAGUGAUAUUAUUUCUGUAGCUCAAGAUGUGCAUAGUUCAGAGGAAUAUGCUCAGUUGCUGAAGAAACUCAUUAGAUCUCCAAAUAUACCUCACCAAUACUGGCUCACACUCCAAUAUUUGCUCAAACAUUUCCUCAGACUUUGUCAAGCCUCCAGCAAAAAUCUCUUGAAUGCAAGGACUCUAGCUGAAAUUUUCAGCCCUCUCCUUUUCAAAUUCCAGAUAGCAAGCUCUGAUAAUACUGAACACCACAUAAAGAUUUUAGAGAUUUUAAUUACAAGUGAAUGGAAUGAGAGACAGCCUGUACCAGCACUGCCUCCUAAGCCACCGAAACCUAAUACUGUAACUAACAACGGCAUGAAUAACAACAUGUCAUUACAAGAUGCUGAAUGGUACUGGGGAGAUAUAUCAAGAGAAGAAGUGAAUGAGAAACUUCGGGACACUGCUGAUGGUACCUUCUUGGUACGAGAUGCUUCAACCAAAAUGCAUGGCGACUACACACUUACUCUAAGGAAAGGAGGAAAUAACAAAUUAAUCAAAAUAUUUCACCGAGAUGGUAAAUACGGCUUUUCUGACCCGCUGACUUUCAACUCUGUGGUUGAGCUCAUAAACCACUACCGGAAUGAAUCUCUAGCUCAGUACAAUCCCAAACUGGAUGUAAAAUUACUGUAUCCAGUGUCUAAGUACCAGCAGGAUCAAGUUGUAAAAGAGGAUAGCAUUGAAGCGGUGGGUAAGAAAUUACAUGAGUAUAAUACCCAGUUCCAAGAAAAAAGCCGAGAAUACGAUAGACUCUAUGAAGACUACACGAGGACAUCUCAGGAAAUUCAAAUGAAAAGAACAGCUAUUGAAGCAUUUAAUGAAACAAUAAAAAUAUUUGAAGAGCAGUGCCAGACACAAGAGAGAUACAGUAAGGAAUACAUUGAAAAAUUUAAACGAGAAGGAAAUGAAAAAGAAAUACAAAGAAUUAUGCACAACUAUGAAAAACUGAAGUCUCGAAUAAGUGAAAUUGUGGACAGCAGGCGUAGAUUAGAGGAGGACUUAAAGAAGCAAGCAGCUGAAUAUAGAGAGAUAGACAAGCGAAUGAACAGCAUUAAGCCAGACCUCAUACAGCUGAGGAAGACAAGAGACCAGUACUUGAUGUGGCUGACUCAAAAAGGUGUUCGGCAAAAGAAGCUAAAUGAGUGGCUUGGAAAUGAAAAUACAGAAGACCAAUACUCUAUGGUGGAUGAUGAUGAAGACUUGCCUCAUCAUGAUGAGAGAACAUGGAAUGUGGGAAAUAUCAAUAGAAGCCAAGCUGAAAAUCUCCUGCGGGGAAAGCGAGAUGGAACAUUCCUUGUUCGAGAGAGCAGCAAACAAGGCUGCUAUGCCUGCUCUGUUGUGGUGGAUGGAGAAGUGAAGCACUGUGUGAUAAACAAAACACCUACUGGGUAUGGAUUUGCAGAGCCAUAUAACUUGUACAACUCUCUCAAAGAACUGGUGCUACAUUAUCAACACACAUCACUCGUGCAGCACAAUGACUCUCUCAAUGUCACACUAGCCUACCCAGUAUAUGCACAGCAGAGGCGAUGAAGAUCUUAAUACUCUGGGUUGUUUGGUUUUUUUCUAAAGAAGAGAUUUGACAACAUUGAGGCCUCUGGAGAGAGAAGGCUCCUUUCAGCCUUACUCAAGAAUUUGAGCUGCAGUGUAAAAGCUAUCUGUCUUCAGAUGGGACUAGAGCUUUCCUUCACAACUGCAGUGGGAGAGAUCACAGUGUUGAGCUGUGAAUGUAUGUUUCUAAUCUGAAGUGCUUUUUUUUUUUUUUUUUUUUUUUUCCAAUUGAGAAAUGGAAAACACAGGAGUGAGAAAUCCUAACCUGAUCUCCCUGCAGGGACAUAGAGGCCUUUAACCAUGGUGCUUGUUUACGACCACUUCUGAAGCUUUACCAGCUAGAACAUUGGAUUCUGCAGACACAAGGUUUAAGAGGUCUUUUCAUUCAGUUAUUGGAAUUUCUUGGUCAUGACCUGGCUUGGAUUUGGUAUUGCUGCACUCAGUGGAUCCAGACACACAGCAUUGUGGAUUUUUUGGUUUCUGGUGAAUGACAUGUAGCAGAAUGGCACUUUCAUUUAUAAGGGACACUUUAAAGGACUUCAGUUACAGUAUGCUGUUAGGAGAAAUCGUGAUAGUGAAGUGCCAGAAAGUGUUUUGCUUAGAUGUUUAAAAAUCCUGUUUUAAGAAAACAGGACUUUCAAUGGCAUACAGUCUAUAAUAGUGUACAUAGUAUUGGAUGGCUAACUAUCAUUGAUGGAAACUAUCAAUACCAAACUGCUUCUCUUUUCCUCUUUCUGUUCGCUGAAAGCUGAAUUCUUAGACCAUGCUAUGCAAUACUGAGUUUUCUUUAGGCUGUAGUCUUCUCUUGAGCAUGUCUGCAGGUUAAGCUUGUUUUUCUUUCUUCUUUCCUUGCCUUCUUUUUACUUCCUUUUUUUUUUUUUUUGCCUGAUGAUAUAUAUUUUUUUUAAUGUACAGGAAGCCACCCAGAGUUGGCUUCACAAUUAAAACUAUGAAAUAUUUUACAGUUUUCUUUGUACAGAAUAUUGAGCUACUAGCUCCAAGUUUUAAAAGUUCGUAAUUUUUUUCUGGUGUUUUUUUUUUGUUUUUUUUUUUGACUAAAUAUUUUGUUGGGCAGUGCCUGAUAAGCUUCAAAGCUGGUUUAUUCAAUAAAAAAUAUAUGAACCUUACAAAAUAUCAUGGACUCCAACAAUAUUGUUUCAGAGAUACCUUUAGAAUACGGUACCACGCUGUUUGCUUUUUGAAGCAUUUUGAACUUCUGUCAUGAUUGUCUUUGUAUUUAGAAGAUGAAAAAUUGUGUAUCCUUCUCUGAUAAUGACUGCAGAAAAACAGGAAAAUUUGGCUACUGGGUUAGAUAGGUUGGAUUUCAGAAUGAAAUCAUGCUUCGUAGUAAAUAAAUGACAUCUUGAUCUACUGUGGCAGAAUUUUUAUCAGCACAUCAAGGUAUUUUCAUUUCAUAUGAAGGAAGUUUCUUUCAACUGUUGCCAGAGUUUGUUUUUUGUAGUAGUAUUCUGAAAAAAAGUUCCCGUCUUUAGGUAGAACAAUUGGAUACAACAUAGAGCAAAUUACAACUGGAAAACACCUUUUUUGAAAAUGAUAAGGCUUUCCUAAUAAACACUCUGGAUUUGUUUUCAUAACUUUGUAGACUGAGGGAAUAUCAAAGUGAACACUUUCAUAAUUUCAAACUCCAGAGAUUUUCAGAAUUAUGGUUCAGUUAAAGGAAACAAAAAAAAAAAAAUCCCACUAAAAUAAACUUAUUAGUAAUUCUGGGGCAAUUCAGUGUGGAUGGUUUGCAGUGGCCACUUUUCGCCAUGAUCAUUGCAGAAAUUCACUUAUUGCAAAUUGAUAAAGUAAUUAAUUUCAAAUAAAUAAUGGAAAAGUUUUGACUAGGUGAGAAUAUGAACUUAUUCUUCUCCAAAUAUACAAAGGGAAAAUCCAUUGCUAUUUAAGGGACUUGCACAAGAGUGAGUUCCAUGGAGUUGUCUCAUAAUUGCUCUGCUUUAGUGAUACAUGUGGAUUGAUUCCAAGUAUGCAGUGCUUCUUAAGCUGUUGGAAAUAAUAAGAAAUUUGCAAGUCUCCAGUAGUUUUUUAUUGUCUUUUAUUUUUUUACAUUAUCCCUUCAUUUAUGAGGUUGUAAAUCUUUUAUUUUUAUUUGGAUUUUGUGCUUUUUUUGGUAGGUUGUCUUUGCUUUCCUAUAGGUGUAUUUUCUUGCUAGAAUCUAUAUCAGGAAACAAGAUUCAACCAACAUUCAUGUUUCGGGAUAGUUACCAUUUGCAAAAUUAUUCUGAUUUUUUUUUUCUCAAUAGAAUUUUAGUCUUCAUCCUUCCCUUCCGUAUUCCACUCUCCUUUCAGGCCUCUCAGAAGAGAACCAUGUAAAUUUGGUAUUCAGAUAACUGUUUUUUACUAUGAAAAACACCAACAAUUGCGCUAGCAUGACAGUCAUACUACUGGGCUUGAAGUUACAAAUUAGCUCAAUAUACAACUUAACACUUGUAGCAGUCCAAGGUAUUCUUCAGACAUAUAUUAAUUUUUGGAUGUUAAAUAUUUUAUGAGUAAAAUUGUAUUUUUUUCUCUAUAAGCAAAAUAUAUGUAAUCUGAAUGGAUGUUUCACUUUGUAUUUCUCAAGAAAUUUCAUGGUAGUUAAGGCAUUUGGAUCUAAUUUUCCUCAUGUUAAGUAAACCUCUGCUGUGUCAGUGGGCCACAUCCUUAGCAUGCCCAGCCCAGUAUGGGAUGUCAUUUGUUCCUGUCGUGCUGUACUACUUCACUUCAUCUGUGGUUCUAGCAGAGAAAAAAUAGUGUGCGUGCAAAUUUGGCACUUGCUUUUAUUGCACAAGCAACAAUGAGAAAUAAGCACUAUGUUGUGGGGAUAAAUGCUUAGGGCUUCGUUAAGGGAAGUUCUGCCUACACAGGGUCUGUGCAAUUCACAAGGAUCACUUGCGCCCUCAAAGUGGGCACGAGUGGGAUUUCUUUGGUACCUAGGUAUUGUGUGGCCUCUGUAUUUCCCUCCCUCCUUAAUGCACAGAGCUGCAUCCUGCCAAAGGCCCUAUUCACUGCAGAGUUUGUCCUUAAUGUACCAUGCUGUUCACUCCAGUUUUGAUCUCAAACUAAUAAACAGGAAAAAAAAAAAAAAAAAAAAAGCAUGUGGAUAUAACUGAAGAAACACAUUGCUUUUCUGUGUUUCUACUGACGUGUACUUUUUUCACCGGAUGUGAUUGAAGGGUGGGAAUUGUUUUGGUUCUGUUUUUUUUGGUUGUUUGGGGAAUUUUUAAUUUCAUUUUAAAUCCCUGAAUUACGCUGCACUGCAGCAGCAGUUGUGCAAGGGUUUUGAAAGGUAUGAGGCAAAACACAGAGAACCAACACCCACAAGCAAAAUUAGGAGUUUCUGUUUGGGGAUAUUGCAUGUGUGCAUCUUGUGCAUAUGCGCACACACUUGCUGUGUUUAUAUAUGAAUAGAUCUCAGUAUAGGUGCAUUUUCACCAAAUGUGAUCAUUUUGCUGAAUUCAGUAAGUGAUAUCAUUAAUUUUGUGUAAGACACAAACGCACUAGACCUUUGUGGGUGCAGCAUGUUUCCAAAUACAGUUUCUGUGUUGUUGUUUUUUUCUAAAAAAAGCUUGUCUGUAUAGUUCAGUUAUCUAAAAAAUCUUGUCAAGCAAUCUGUAAAACCAAAUCUUCAAAUUUUCUAUUUGGUGUCAGCUGUUCUGUAGUAAAGAAAUGGCUUUGUCUUGUAAUUGGCAAUGAAAUAAUAAUGCUUGGGAAAACAUGCAGAUGCUUCUAAUGGGGAAAACUUAUGCCGAUUUUCACACAGUGCUUUUGCUAUGCAUGGUAUUAAGUUGGGAAAGUGAAUCCUGAUAGUACUUUUUUCAGGGUCACUUUUAGAAAUGGGCAGCUCAAAACACAAUGCCUCCCAUAGGACAGGGUUCCAAAAUGCAACAUUUUAUGUAGAAUUGUGUUAUAUUUGCUGAGCGGAAGGCUAAACUGGACUGGGGGAGUUGGUAACGUUACACUGCGCUUGUCCUAAUGAGACUGCAUUAGCUGCCCAAGAUGCUGCUAUUUUUUUUUUUAUUCUUGUUUUUAAAAAUAAAGCUCUGUUCUGUUAAAUGUCUUUAGAACAUUAAGAUUUCUUUGUUUUAAAAUGGUCUUCAAGGAGGUGGAGGGUAAAGUGGGUUGUAAACUGCCUUCACAAGGCAACAGUGAAAACAUGCCUCCUUGAAAUUCUGUUCAAGCUAUAGAGUUGAUGGAGCUGUGUCUCGUUUUUAAGUUGCUUUAAAAAUUGUAAUAAGUCUUCAAGCAGAAUAAAGGUUGUUUUGAAAAAGCA